AUGUCUUCCACCGACCAAACCAUCAUUCUCAUCACCGGCGCAAAUGGUGGCAUCGGUUUCUCCCUGGCCACCCAACUCCUCGAAAACGCCAAAUACCUGAUCCUCCUCGGCAGUCGCUCCGCCGAAAAGGGUGAAGCCGCUGUGAAACAGCUCCAGGGAAAAGGAUUGCCUGGGAAAGUGGAGUUGCUGCAGAUUGAUGUCAGCGACGAGACGAGUAUUCUGAAAGCGAAGGACGUGGUGGAGGGGAAGUAUGGUCGUGCUUCAAGUCAUACUCACAAGCUCCCCACCAGCAUCGACGCCCUCGUAAACAACGCCGCGAUAACCGGCGAAGCACCCGCCUCCUCCUCUCUCGCCACCCGCAUGACAUCCGCCUUCCUAACCAACGCCACGGGCCCAGCCGUCAUCGUGGAAACGUUUGCUCCUUUCCUCGCGAAGAGCGCGGAGAUGGGGAAGACGCCGCGGAUUCUCAAUGUGUCGAGUGGAGCCGGGAGUAUUGGACUCAGGAGUGAUAGGACGAAUCCGCAUCAGGCUAUGAAGAAUUUGCCAUACCGCAGUUCCAAAGCGGCGCUGAACAUGCUUACUGCGUGUCAGGACUACGAGUAUGGACCUAAGGGGUGGAAGGUGUUUUGCUUCUGCCCGGGGUUUACGGAGAGUAACUUGGGGCCUAGGAACAAACCGGAGCAUGGGGCCAAGCCUACUAGUGAGGGCGCGAAACCCAUGGUUGCUAUCUUGGAAGGGGAGAGGGAUGAGGAAUCUGGGGGGUUCUUGAAGGCUGAGGGGGGUUGGCCUUGGUAG